UUUCAUAUUCUGUGGUUCGUGUUCUAUCUAUGAUUUUACACUGGGAACUUGUUAAUUGUUUGUCAGCCAAUUUUCAUGUUUUUAAGAGUGAUUGUGUAAAAUCUAGUAAAAAUAACUUAAUAAAAUGGCUCUGUAUUGUGCAAUAUCUAAUGAGGUCCCUGAACAACCUGUGGUGUCUCCAUCCUCGGGAGCCGUGUUUGAGAAGCGUGUCAUAGAGAAGUAUAUAAUAGAAAAUGGAGUGGACCCUAUUAAUGGCAAGGAACUGCGAGUUGAAGAUCUUAUUGAGAUUAAAACUCCACCAAUAGUGAAACCAAAGCCUCCAAGUGCCACGUCUAUCCCCGCUACCUUGAAGAGUAUGCAGGAUGAGUGGGAUGCUCUCAUGCUGCAUGCCUUCACUCAGCGCCAACAGCUGCAAACUGCUCGACAGGAAUUAAGUCACGCUCUCUACCAACACGAUGCUGCGUGCCGUGUGAUCGCCCGUCUAACCAAGGAAGUGACGGCCGCGAGAGAAGCCCUCGCAACGCUCAAACCACAGGCUGGCAUUGUAGCUCCCCAGCCAACUCACCAGGCGGAAGCUGGUGCUGCAGGCGGCGGUGGCGUGGCCCCGGUGGGGAUGUCCAGCGAGGUGGUGUCGCGUCUGCAGGAGCGUGCCACCGCGCUCACACAGGAGCGCAAGCGACGCGGCCGCACCGUGCCCGAGGGACUGCUCGCGCCUGACCAGAUACGAGCUUUCCUCACCUUGGCAUCACAUCCCGGUCUCCACUCAGCCAGUGUGCCUGGUAUCUUGGCUUUGGACAUCAACCCAUCAGAUCACAGCAAACUGCUAACUGGUGGUAAUGACAGGAAUGCUACUGUGUUUAAUAAAGACACUGAGCAAGUGGUGGCCAUCCUCAAGGGUCACACCAAGAAGGUCACCCGCGUCAUCUAUCAUCCAGAUGAGGAUACUGUUAUCACUGCCUCACCAGAUCACACUAUUCGUGUAUGGAAUGUGCCUACGUCUCAAACUACAGUGAUCCUGCGGUCCCACGAUGGACCUGUGACUGGCUUGUCCCUCCACCCCACUGGCGACUACGUCCUGUCGACAUCUACCGACCAGCACUGGGCCUUCUCCGACAUCCGCACAGGCACGCUGCUCACUAAGGUCAGCGAUUUCUCUGGUGUCAGCCUUACCACGGCGCAGUUUCACCCUGACGGUCUGAUUUUUGGUACUGGUACAGAGAAUUCUCAAGUUAAGAUUUGGGACUUGAAAGAGCAGAGCAAUGUGGCUAACUUCCCUGGACACGUGGGACCAGUGACAUCCAUCUCCUUCUCGGAGAACGGUUAUUAUCUUGCUACAGCAGCUGAAGACGCGUGUGUUAAGUUGUGGGAUUUGAGAAAGCUUAAAAACUUCAAGACUAUUCAACUAGAAGAAGGGUAUGCCAUCAAGGAGUUGUGCUUUGACCAGAGUGGUACUUACCUGGCUAUUGCUGGUACAGACGUUAGGGUAUACCUGUGCAGACAGUGGCAGGAGUUGAAGGUGUUUAAUGACCACACUGCAUCCGCCACGGGCGUCAGGUUCGGUAAGAACGCGCAGUACAUCGCGUCUACUAGCAUGGAUAGGACACUCAAAUUGUAUGGGAUAGAGUAGGCUAGUCCAAUAUUAUUUUAAUAUCUUUGGUGAUCGUUUUCGCGGGGCGACUUAGCACUGAAAACUGACUUGUAAAAUUAAAUAAAAUUGUUUCGAAAGUACAGGUUCAUGUUUGCCUCAGUUCAACAUGUUCAUUUAUUUCGUAGUAAUUAAUGAGUCCACCAGAAAAGGUCUCUUACAGUAAUCGUUAAGUAUAUUUUUUUUCAGUAUCCCAAAUGUUAAGAUUGAUUUUAUGUUGAUUUUUUAACUUUUAAUAUAAGAUAAUUAUUAUUUGACUGCUUCUGUUCAACAAGUAUUGUAAAACACUAAUACUACAGAGACAUUUUCCAUAAUCAAAUAUAAUUAGGUUAGACUUUAGUGAAUAAAUAUAAUUGUAAGUAUAUCCAUAAAUGAGUGGUUAUUAAUACAGAACUUGUGAGAAGCUGAGCUGACGGAUUGUGGAAAUAUUUCAUUUCUUUAUUAAUAAAGGGAAUGAAUGUA